ACUACACUGCCAAUUUUUUUCAAGAGAAAUUUUUUCUCUCAGUGUAAUUAUGCCCAUUGAGAAACGCUAGAAAAUUUAUGGGGGAUGAAAGUUAGCAAUUGAGAAUUUAGGGGUAGUACGACUGCAGCGCCGUAAAACAUUUCUCAUAGUAUUCCAUAUUAUUCUACCCUGUGUAAGGGUAACACAGGAUAACAAGCAUCGGUCGUCUUAUCAACUUUUUCCACCCUAAUUAAAUUCAAUCUCGCGAAUAAAUUUCUCUAGACAGUUUGUUGUUGUUUAUUGUGAUAAAAAAAUACAAAAUGGGCACAUUAAUAUUAUAUUUUAGUAACUAUGUCUAUAAAUAUUAAUAUCGAUUGUUAAAUUUAUUUUCUUAAAUUUUUUUUUUCUUUUAUAACCAGCUCUUGUGACUGAAAGAAGCGAUAUGACGCAUAGUUAAUCAAUACCGUAAAAUUUGUACAGUAUCUUACAAUUGUGAGCUGAUUUUAAAAAUAUUUAUUUGUUUAUCAAUUUUUAUUUUUUUUUAUUUACCAAAGACUACUGUAAUGAUUAAUUUUUUGCUGUGAUUAAUAAAAUUUAGUUUCACAUCAUUUAAAUACAAGAAAGUUCAAUUGUGUAUUAAAUUAUCGGGUAAUUAUCAAGAUAAUCCGAUAUGUUUUAUAUACAAAAGAAAUAUUAAACAAUAAUAAAUAAAUAUUUGAAGAGCAUAAUGGUUAAUAAAAAGUGAAUGCUCGGCAUGUUAAUGUGGCAAUCCGAUGUGAUGAUGAUAGAAUUUUUAAGGAGUCCAUGUUCAUUUACAACUCGAGAAAUGUUGAUAACGCUUUUAUUUUUGAGUAUUAUAUCAGUAACAACUUUUCUACCUAAGCUCUCAGCUCAUUAAGAAGAAAUAUGGCUGAAUUAAGGUCACUGGACGCGGCUGACUGUCCAGAAUGUUCAGGGCCUCCACCGAUGUUCCGAUUACCACCCCCGCCUCGGCCGCCCUUUCUUAAAGAGGGAACAUUUUGUUCGGAGGCUCCAUUAGCGGAGUUGGAGGAUUGCGGUAAUAUUCCUCUCAUUGAUGUAUCGUAUCAUAAUAUUCCAUCGUUACAAAGCACAGCAUUGAUAGUAACAUGCGCGAUUGUUUUGCUUUUAACAACAACAACUGUUUUCGUCGUAUUCUGGAAUUACAUGACAUUCAAAUUAUCACUAGAUCGUUAUAAGCCUCACGAUCUUCAGCAUGAACCGUUUCUUUUAAGCGACAUCAAAGAGCCCUCUCGACCAAGGUUUUUGGCACGUCCUUGCUUCAAUAUAUUCGGACUGUCACGCGUAUGGCAAUGUUUGCCGACUUGCUGUCAAACAUUGGAAGGUCCAGCAGCUAGUCUUAUUCACGCGCCACUGAAAGAAACCAAUGACUCAAGAAGAGCAUUUGUCAAUCAGCAGCCUCAUCCUCAUCAGUAUCGUCAUUAUGCAGUUCAACACACAGAUACUGCAGCAAUGCGCACAGUUAAUUUACAAUCUGAUUUAACUGCUAACCACGAACGAUUCCACUACAAUUGCCGGUCAGUAAGCAACAAUCCCCACAUUAAUAAUCCAAGAGAAAAUAACCCUCAGAUUAAAUCACCCGGAAGACCAUCAGCCAACAGUGAACAUGUUAUGAUGCUUUUAAGCGUUGCAGCACAAUUAACAAAUAAAAAACCACGUUUUCUGUAAAAAAACAAAAUUAUUUAAAACAUUAUGUACGAGAUAAAGUCACUGGUUUUUAAUUGACUAACUUUAUACUGCUGUUGAUUUUUAUUUUUGCUUUUUGAAAAUUUU